UGUGCUCAUUUAAAUUCUCCACGGGGGGAAAGGGAAGAAAACGAUCUGUGAAUUAUGAGCAUUACGAACAUUUUUAUGAACCAUUCUGUCUUUCGGAAUACCUGUUUAGUGUUUUGCUUUGAAGAGAUGCCUCAUGAGUAAAGGGGGAGGAUAAUAGGUAUCCAAGGUGUGAACAUCUCCUAGGGGCCCCUGCACACACCUCUCACCUAACAAUAGACUAAUCUUAGGGCCUAGGCUAGAUAAUUUUGGUAUAAAUUGAGUGGGCCACCUUAAGAGAGUUGUCACACUGAGACAGCACACACUGAGACUGUCCCAGCUCCGGUGUGACCAUGGCAACGGAGUCUUGCAUCGCUCCUGACCUCCCCAUCCCCGUUGGUCCUGCAGACCCAGACAAAUGCUCUUCCCGCAGAAGAAGAACCAGCUUUUCCAAGGAGAACCUGGUGCUGCUGAAGGCCGCCUUCCAGAGCAACCCGUACCCUGGCAUCGGUGUCCGGGAGAGCCUGUCCCAAGCUACGGGGAUACCGGAGUCCCGCAUCCAAGUGUGGUUCCAGAACCGCAGGGCCAGGACCUUGAGAGGCCGGGGAGGCCAGCAGGCCUCCCAGAGGACAGAGGCAGCGUCUCCCUCUCCCAGGGUGCACCUUCCAUCCCCGACUGCUUUCCCUGGUGCUCCAUUGCCCAGAUGUGCAGGGCUGUCAGGUGGAGCACAGCUGGGGCUUGCGCAGCAGCAAUACCCCCCAACGACUGAUGAGGAUGACAGCUGUUUCUGGCCAAAUGUGUACAGUGCAGUGACUCCUGGAUUCAGCUACAGGCAGGCCAGGCUGCUGGGGACCAGCACCAGUCCACCCCCACCGAGUCCUGGAUUCCAGCCGGUGGCCAACCACGGUCCUGGCAGCACCUUCUGGAGCCCUCAGCCUUGGGCAGCUGCCACCCCAGCCUCUCCCAACUCUGGCUAUUGGGAAAUAGGGCUGCAAGGUACCCCCUCUACCUCCUGGUUCUGUCCACCCGAGGAGACCUGGGCGGUCCCCGUGGGCCCUAUACUGCAGUGGCCUCCAGCAAAGCCGGAAGCUCAACAAGAGACAUCUCUGCCCAGCCAGCUGCCGCAGUCACUGGAAGAAAUUUUAGAUGAGCUGCAGCCAGACUGGUGGAAGAUCAAGUAG